CGCCCCAGCAGCGCGUUCACUGUGGGAUAGUGGCAGUAUACAGUAUAUCUUCCAUCGGAGAGCGAUAAGAAGCGCCAGGCUCGAGGGGAUGAAGAUGGCUGACGCCAAGCAGAAGAGGAACGAGCAGCUGAAGCGCUGGAUAGGCUCGGAGACGGACAUCGAGCCGUCCGUGCUGAAGAAGAAGAAGACGAAGGUGAAGUUCGACGAUGGCGCCGUGUUUCUGGCCGCCUGCUCGAGCGGCGACACGGAGGAGGUUCUGCGAAUGCUCGACCGCGGCGCGGACAUCAACUACCCCAAUGUGGACGGGCUCACCGCCCUGCACCAGGCCUGCAUAGAUGACAAUGUGGACAUGGUGACCUUCCUGGUGGAGCACGGGGCCUGCAUUAACCAGCCUGACAAUGAGGGCUGGAUUCCCCUUCAUGCCGCCGCCUCCUGUGGAUACCUCGACAUAGCUGAGUAUCUUAUCAGUAAAGGUGCAAAUGUCAGUGUAGUAAACAGUGAGGGAGAAACGCCAUUGGAUAUCGCAGAGGAGGAGGCCAUGGAGGAGCUUCUGCAAAACGAGAUCAACCGGCAAGGCAUUGAUAUCGAGGCAGCCAGGAAAGAGGAGGAAAGGAUCAUGCUACGAGAUGCGCGACAGUGGCUUAACAGCGGCCAGAUCAACGACGUCCGGCACGCCAAAUCUGGGGGUACUGCACUUCACGUCGCUGCAGCCAAGGGGUACACUGAGGUUUUAAAGCUUUUAAUCCAAGCAGGGUAUGAUGUAAAUAUUAAAGACUAUGACGGCUGGAGUCCGUUCCAUGCUGCUGCACACUGGGGCAAAGAAGAUGCUUGCCGGAUACUUGUAGAGAAUCUGUGUGAUAUGGACAUCGUCAAUAAAGUGGGUCAGACGGCGUUUGAUGUAGCUGAUGAAGAUAUCUUGGGCUAUUUAGAAGAGCUGCAAAAGAAACAGAAUCUGCUUCUAAGUGACAAGAAGGAUGUUAAGAAGUCUCCUUUGAUAGAAACUACUACCACUGGAGACAAUAAUCAAUCUGUGAAACCACUGAAGAGUAAAGAAACACUUCUGCUGGAGCCAAAGACUGCCCCACGAAUCGAAACUCUGGAGCCAGAGAAGGUGGAUGAGGAAGAGGGCGAGGGAAAGAAAGAUGAGUCCAGCUGCUCUAGUGAGGAAGAGGAGGAGGAGGACUCUGAGUCCGAAAACGAAGCAGACAAAACCAAGUCUUCUGUUCCGACAAGCAAUUCCAACCCCACACCCAUGCCUGCUAGUAUCACCAUCUUGUCUCCGACUACCCCAACCAACCAGGUGACCACCCCCACCUCACCUACCAAAAAGUCUGAUAACUUUACUGCCCUUGUGCCUGGGGGGGAGCCAGGCUGUCCUGCGUUGUGGCGUCAAGGCUUACGCAAAACUGGCAUUUCACUUCUGCCCAAAAAAGCGAUGGUGAGCACAUCUGCUGGUAAGGUGUCUCCUAAAGAGGAUGAGAGGAAGGAUGAAUCUCCUGCAUCAUGGCGAAUGGGCCUUCGGAAAACUGGGAGUUACGGAGCACUGGCAGAAAUCAGCACAACUAAAGAGAUGCAGAAAGAGAAGGACAUCGCUGGCGUGAUGCGCUCAGCAUCUUCUCCUCGCCUCUCAUCCUCACUAGACAACAAGGACAAAGAAAAGGAGAAGGAGAAGACACGCUUGGCGUACGUUGCACCCACCAUCCCGAGAAGACAUGUUAGCACGUCAGACAUCGACGAGAAAGAGAACAGGGAUUCGGCUGCUAGUCUGGUACGUAGCGGCUCCUACACCAGGAGGCGCUGGGAAGAAGAUCUGAAGAACAGCGACGGAACAAGCUCGCUAAACAGAACCUCCAGCUAUCAGCGCAGUACGUCUCACACGCUAGCGCUAGGCCGCACAUCUAGCUCUCGCGACCUGCCUGCCAAAUCGCCCUCUGCCUCCAGUCUGGAACCUAACAACUCUAAAUCCUGGCAGCCACCGUCCUCCUACCAGCCAUACAGCAUUCACCACAGCAGCUCAUAUGGAAGGAGGCAUGAUGACGCUUUAAGUUCCACAUCCUCCACCACCUCCAUAACCACAACGACAACCUCCACCUCAUCCGUUACCUCGCCCACAGGACACCGCAGCCUGCUGUCCAGGUAUUGGGCGGAGGAGAGUGCAGACAAGGAGAAAGAAAAGGAGUUGGCCACAGUCAUCCCAACAAUCAACACUGCAGCCACCUCCACUACUGGAAUUAUACUGGGCUCCGAUGGACGAGAAAGACGCAGAUCAUACCUCACCCCCGUGCGUGACGAAGAGUCCGAGUCUCAGAGGAAAGCCAGAUCCAGACAGGCGCGGCAGUCCAGGAGGUCCACACAGGGCGUGACCUUGACUGAUCUCCAGGAGGCGGAGAAGACCAUCGGUCGCGCUCGUCCCACGCGGCCUCGAGAAGACGAGAAAGAAGAGAAGGAGAAACAGGACAAAGAAAAACAGGAGGAGAAAAAAGAAACAGAGACCAAGGACGACGAUUACAGGUCCCGCUACCGCAGCUUUGAGGAGAAAUACCGUAGCACUUCCUCCUUAACCUCCACCACCACGGCCUCCUCCACCCUGCCCUCCUCCUCCAUUAGCUCCUCCUCUCUCUACAGCACCUCCGCUCUGAACCGCCCCAACAGCCUGACGGGCCUCACCUCCAACUACAUCCGCUCCACACGUGACACUGAGAGAGAGUCAGAUAGAAAAGAAAAGGAUGAGGACAAGGACGGAGAUGACAAGUCUCAGCCUCGCUCCAUACGAGACCGCAGACGACCACGAGAGAAAAGACGUUCCACUGGAGUAUCAUUCUGGAACCAGGAUAGUGACGAGAAUGAUCCGGAGCAGCUGUCUGAUUCAGAAGAAGGCAGUACUAAAGGAGAGACGCAGAGCGAUAGACUAUCCAGGUAUGACCCUGUGUCUACUAGCGCUUCCGACCGCGACGUGUCAUUCGGUAUAAGCGGUAUUGGGAAGAGCCGUCGGCCGUACUCGCGCCUCAACAGAGACGACGCCACUGAUUAUAAAAAGCUUUACGAGCAGAUCUUGGCUGAAAACGAAAAGCUGAAAGCCCAGUUACGUGAUACAGAAUUGGAGCUGUCCGACCUGAAGCUGCAGCUGGAGAAGGCCACACAGAGGCAGGAGCGCUUUGCUGACCGAUCGCAGCUGGAGUUGGAGAAAAGGGUAAAAGAAAGAAGAGCUCUAGAAAGGAAGAUCUCUGAGAUGGAGGAGGAACUGAAGAAUCUUCCUCAGGUAAAGCAGGUACAAUCUCUGCGUCAGUAUAACGAGCGUUUGCAGGCAGAGAACAGGGCGCUGGCCCGCGUGCUCUCCAAACUGUCGCAGGGCUGCAGCCACCUGCCCGCCACAGACCUGUAGACCUGCCCCCACCUCCCCUUGCACCCCUCAUGCUCCAUUCAGCUCUGCCCACGCCCAUAUAAAGACGCUACCAGACUUGAAAGCAGACAACCAGAGACUAAAGGACGAAAACGGAGCGCUGAUCCGAGUCAUUAGCAAGCUUUCCAAAUAGAAAAGACCCUCCCCCAUUCUAUGGCAGUAAUGGUAUUGCACAUCUAGAUAUUAAGACAACAGCGACAAGAAGUCUCCGUCACCACUUCUGUUUCUCAGUCCCUCGCUUUCCCAUGCUUCUCUGCUUCAUCGAUUCCCGUGACUGCGGCCCAAACAGAACCACUGAGUUUACAGAACUAAGGAAAAGCGCUAGACGAGAGAAUGGCAUUGAACCUUUGCGGGCGGGGAAAGCCUCAAAAAACUAUUUAACCAAUAAGCCUUAGUUGUACAUACGUCACUUGCAUCAAUUUCUCUUGGCUGUCACGGAACACCUGAUUUUAUUUGUGCCACACUUUUUUUUUUCCUUUCCGUUGUUGCUCUGCUCUCAAAUCUCUCUUCAUGUGUUAUGCAAUGUGCAGCUCUCACCCUCCAUUUCCUUCUUCCUGUCCAACUUCCCCGUUGUGCUCGAAGUCCAGCCUCCCAGUCGGAGGCACUGUCUCUCAGCAGAAGACUUCCCAGCAUUCAAUGUUGGCGCACACCUCGUUUACCCUCCUCCCGUGCACGCGCACACACUUUACACACUUUCAUCUCGCUCGGCAUCUCGAUCCAAGCGAGUCGAAGGACCACUGGCUUUAUCAAACAGGUGGACCUUGUGGAAUCGAAGCUUUCACUUUUAUGUGCAAUAUAUGCAUUUAUUUCUUCAAAAAAUGCUUUAAGAAUGAGUCCAUCACUAUUAAAUGUUCACUUCCUGACCACCUCCAUGGCUCACCCUGAUUUCCUUCCUCUUGCCCUCCUCCUUUUCUUCCUUUCUUUAGGUUUGUAGUGUAGUCGUUGGUUUAUAUCUUGUACUCCUCACGUUGUUUUAGCAGGUACUGAGUGAAGUUGUGUAUAUACCUGUAUGUAUUGUUUGAGACGGCACAUGGCAUGCAUUUAUGGUUCCCUGUCUGUUACUUUUGAAAUAUACCAACUUCAGAGGACAACAAAGUGUGUUUUAACUAUUUUCUUCUUCUUUUAUAGUCUAAAAAGUCAUUGAAUAACAAUAGAGCUGCCCUCUUGGAAGGGAAGAUGCUGCACGUGUUCAGUGCAUUCUUUUCAGUUUUAAAAGUGUUCACGGUAAUUGUGAGAUGAUGAUAGUAAUAUAACUGCUUCACUACAUUUCACUCAUAUUAUCUUUGGAAGAGUGCUGU